GCUCCGGGGGCGUGUCCACUCGGACAUGAGUAAAUGACGUCACCGUGUCGGCGGCGAGCAGUCCAACAAACAUGGCGAGAGAAUGGCGCGGCCAGCAGGGUUACAUCGUCACUGUCCUCAUCUUCCUGUGCAGCGCCGACGGAGCUCGUUCGGAGGCGGCAUCCGGGGGAGGGGGCGGCGGCGGAGGAGGCGGCGGUCAGGUGCUCGGUAUGCGACUGGAGAGCAGCGACAAGCCGGCCAGCACCGGUGACGACGGAGUCCUGCAGGUGACGGAGGACAGCUCCGUGAGGCUGCGCUUCUACGGGCUGAGGCUGCACUCCGCCGCCUGGACGCUCGUCCGCUUCACGGAGCUGGGGGGCGGCGAGGCGGGGGAGCCGCCGGAGAGGACUUGCUCGGACUUUACGAAGGACAUCGGGGUCGGGACCUUCAUGAACGUCAGCGGCGGGGGCACGGCAGGGCUGCUGCGCGUGCACGUUAAGCCGCUGCGCAAGAGCGAGCCGAGCAAGGAAUACGCGCUGUGCACGCGCAGCGCGGACGGCCGCUGGCUGCAGCUGGAGGAUGGAGACGGUCGGGUUUUAGUCCUGGAGGAGAAAAAGUCCCUGCUUCCUCUCUGGCUGCAGGUCAUCCUCAUCUCCUGCCUGCUGGUCCUUUCUGGGAUGUUCAGCGGCCUCAACCUGGGCCUGAUGGCCCUGGACCCCAUGGAGCUGCGCAUUGUGCAGAGCUGCGGCACGGACAAGGAGAAGAAGUACGCCCGCAAGAUCGAGCCCAUCCGUAGCAAGGGCAACUACCUGCUGUGCUCGCUGUUGCUAGGCAACGUGCUCGUCAACACCACGCUCACUAUACUCCUGGACGACCUGAUUGGGUCGGGCCUGGGCGCCGUGGUGGCCUCCACCGUGGGCAUCGUCAUCUUCGGCGAGAUCGUCCCCCAGGCGCUGUGCUCCCGCCACGGGUUGGCGGUGGGCGCCAACACCAUCAUCCUCACCAAGUUCUUCAUGUUCCUCACUUUCCCGCUCUCCUUCCCUGUCAGCAAGCUGCUGGAUGUUCUGCUGGGCCAGGAGAUUGGCACCGUGUACAACCGCGAAAAGUUGGUGGAGAUGCUGAAGGUGACGGAGCCCUACAAUGACCUGGUCAAGGAGGAGCUCAACAUGAUCCAGGGGGCGCUGGAGCUCCGCACCAAGACAGUGGAGGAUGUCAUGACCCCCCUGGCCGACUGCUUCAUGAUUCAGGCCGAUGCCGUGCUGGACUUCAACACCAUGUCGGAGAUCAUGGAGAGCGGCUAUACGCGCAUCCCCGUCUACGAUGACGAGCGCUCCAACAUCGUGGACAUCCUCUACGUCAAGGACCUGGCCUUUGUGGACCCCGACGACUGCACCACGCUCAAGACCAUCACCAAGUUCUACAACCACCCCGUCCACUUUGUCUUCCAUGACACCAAGCUGGACACCAUGCUGGAGGAGUUCAAGAAAGGUAAAUCCCACCUGGCCAUCGUUCAGAAGGUCAACAACGAGGGGGAGGGGGAUCCCUUCUACGAGGUGCUGGGAUUGGUCACCUUAGAAGAUGUCAUCGAGGAGAUCAUCAAGUCGGAGAUCCUAGACGAAUCAGACCUGUACACCGACAACCGCAACAAGAAGCGAGUGGAUGCCAACAAAAACAAACGAGACUUCUCUGCAUUUAAACACGAUGGCGACAGCAAGGCGAAGAUCUCGCCUCAGCUCAUGCUGGCUGCUCAUCGCUUCCUGGCUACGGAGGUCAGCUUGUUUGCCGCUUUCCACGUGACGGAGAAGGUACUGUUGAGGAUCCUGCGGCAUCCUGAUGUCGUCCAGGAGCUCAAGUUCAACGACAACGACAAGCGAGCGCCGCAGCACUUCCUGUACCAGCGUGGGAAACCUGUCGACUACUUUGUGCUCAUCCUGCAGGGUCGAGUGGAGGUGGAGGCGGGAAAUGAGAACAUGAAGUUUGAGACGGGGCCGUUUUCCUACUACGGUGUCAUGGCACUUAACACGCCAUCCCUGGCCGUCACCCCCCCUCUCUCCCCAUCAGUGGCGUCCCCCCCUCCGAGACGCCUCUCUCUUAAGAGGUUUUCCGUGUUCUCGCGUUUUCCAGAAUUCCGCUCCCCAUCCCACGGGGGCAACCUCAACCGGUCUGCGUCCGUGAGCUGUGGUGAGCGUGGAGCGGAGAGCUCCUCCAUGGGCGGCAGCAACUCUCAGAUCCCAGGAACGCCUUUCCAGUACAUUCCCGACUUCUGCGUGCGCGCUCUUACAGACCUUCAGUUUGUCAAGAUCACUCGCUGUCAGUACCAGAACGGCCUUUUGGCAUCCAGACUGGACAGUUCGCCUCAGUCGCCGGAGGGCAGUCAAGGUCGCCUGGACACGAUGGCCGCGCAGCAGCUCCCCGUCACACCACCAGGGACACGCCCUGUGCUGCCCCUGGCCACGCCCCCUGUGAAGCGCCUGUCGUCUAACGCUCAGCCGAUGCCUCCGGCGGGCAGCCGCGUAGCUCCGCCCCAAACUGCCCCUGCCUCCUUUGGACGCAGACCCAGCCAGUGUCUGCCCCAAGCCGCCGCCGCCCCUCCUAGUAACCACGCCCCCCCUCGUCAAACCACGUCUCCCGUCGACCCCGACAACGCUCCGGGAGAGACCACCACCCUGCUCAGCGAGCAGCACAACUGUGUGGACUCCCGCAGAGCCAGCCAGCACGUGCACACCAUCAGUCACGCACACACCGAGAGUACCAUCUAACACACACACAAUGAAGGAUGACCGCUGACCUCCCUGCAUGACCCCCCCGCUCCCCCAAUACUCUCAAACACAUCUUUUUUUUCUUGUGGGGGCAUGAUACGCUUGAAACCAGGAAGUGGAUGUUGUUAGCUGAGCUCCAUUUUUUAAAUUGAUUUCCUUUCAUUUUUGGGGAACCAAACUCGCUGAGGGGGCAGCACGGCGGUCGAGUGGUUACCAGGGAGACCAGGGUUCAAUUCCACCCUCGGCCAUCUCUGUGUGGAGUUUGCAUGUUCUCCCUGUGCAUGCGUGGGUUUUCUCCGGGUACUCCGGUUUCCUCCCACAUUCCAAAAACAUGCUAGGUUAAUUGGCGACUCCAAAUUGUCCAUAGGUAUGAAUGUGAGUGUGAAUGGUUGUUUGUCUAUAUGUGCCCUGUGAUUGGCUCGCCACCAGUCCAGAGUGUACCCCGCCUCUCGCCCGAAGACAGCUGGAAUAGGCUCCAGCACCCCUGCGAUCCUUGUGAGGAAAAUCGGUUGAAAAUGAAUGAAUGAAUGAAUGAAACGAUGAAUGAGGCGAUGGUGAGCAUCUUCCUGCUCCAUGUUUAGAAUACUGGCGAUAUAUUUGAGUGUACUUUGACAGGCGUUAGCAUCUCCUCCAUCACUGUGACGCACGCUAAUGUUGAUGUUGAAGCAUUCAAACAAAAACAACAAAGGAGUAUUUGUUUGCAACGGCGACCUGAAGGUCGAUGUUGAAAUGAGUUUUGUUUUUAUCAGGGAUUGACAGGAGAAUGGAUGAGCGCUGUCUGUUUGUGUAGCGUAGCUUAGCGUUCUUAGCAUAGAGAAUAACUUGCGUCAUUGAAAACUUCAAUGAAGUACACCAUGUAAUACCACUAAAGGGAAAAUUAUAUAUAUAUAUAUAUAUAUAUAUAUAUAUAUAUAUAUAUAUAUAUAUAUAUAUAUAUGGCAAGCUAAUUGGUGAGGUUAGCUUACGAAGCAAAGCUGUUCUCUUGGCGCUAACUGUCUAUCUAACCAACAGAUGUCUUUCAUAUUUAUUAACUCUGGAGGUUAGCCAUUGUUAGCAUAUUAGUGCACAUUCCACUGCAUGUCUCCACACCUUUUAACCCUCUUUUAGCCUAAAGGUGUCAUCACACACACAUACGGCACUGGAACCGAUGCAAAGUACAUCCGAUUGUGUUUGUGUGUUUGCUUUUGGUUGCAUGUAAUCUCUUGAACUUCUUUAUGUAGCCACAUGAUACUGUUCAUGAUAUUAAGUUAUUAAUUUCAACGGAGAACACUUGUAUAAGCUAGCACUGAUGACUGACUUUAUGUUGUGUAGCAGAGGCCUACAAAAGUCCAAGAUUCCAAAGCGAGUGUCCUUUUUUGGAGGAUAAGACUUGAACUCAUAGCAAACAUGUCUUCUGCCUUUCGGCCUGCAAGGUUGAGCUCUUGAUGGAGGGAAUGAUUGGCUUCCGCACUGUAAAUACCAUCAAGCUGGUGGGAGCAUGUAGCAUCAGCACCAAUAGACAUGUCUAUAGUCAUGUUGUUAAAUUCACUGUGUUGUCACGGUGCACGAACGCAUCGCGAGCUCGACCGGACUCGACCGCUAAAGCACAAUAUUUGCUGGUCUGACAUGAGCUGGAGUCCAAACUUGUGAACUUGUUAUUCUGAUGGAUAGCGAGGAGAUGAUGGACGUUGUGGAUCAGCGAUUGUGGUUCUGAUGGGCUUCAGUCGUCCACUUGUGGCGCAGCAGUGGAACGUUUUGGUUCCAGACAGGCCGAAAACGGGCUCUUCCACUUUGGUGGAUUUUAUUGGGCGGGACCCGGUAAGCCACUAGUAGCCUUACUGAGUGUUUGAGGACGGGGCCCGAUGGUCCGUCAGGGUCCUUGCUGCCAGCGUGCAGCAGGUUGACAACUGUGAAAUAAUUUAAUGUUUAGUUUGCACUGAAAGAAACGAGCUUCCAAAUUUCAUUGUGUAAAUUAUAUAUACAUUUAUAUAUUAUUAUUAUUAUUAUUAUUAUUAUUAUUAUAUGUUCCAUGAGCAAUAAACAUUGCACAAGCUUUGACCUCACGCUAUAAUUCUCAUCCUCUGCCACUUUUUUCCAACACGAAGAUAACCAAAGCAGAAGUCAUCCUCCUCCGCUGCCACUCAGAAAUAUCGAAAUUCCAGCUCAAGUCUUGUUUUCCUUGUUCCUGUGGUUCCUAUGGUGGGAUAGCAGCGGGGGAGCGUAGCUUGCUAGCAGCUCCUGCAGUGUUGUUGUUCUUGAAGGCUGCAGAGUGACGAUUAGACCCGCGUGAAGGACCACCGUUUGCAUUCCCUUCUUCAUCAUUUCCUACCGACAAACCAAAACAACUUUUCAUUUGUACUCAUUAACACGCUGGACUCACUGGUGAAUAUUUGUUCUUUUUCUGCAAUGUUUGAUGGCCGGAACACUUCCUAAUGCGGAGUGUGUGCAAUGUGUACAUACGUACUGUUUUUUUAAAGCACCUGAAGAAUCUGUACGGGUUAAUAAACCUGACUUCUAUUUC